AUGCUAAUUAGUGACAGGGGAACACAUUUCUACAACACUCAAUUGGAGAAGGCACUCAGGCGCUAUGGUGUAACGCAUCGGUUCUCUACUCCCUAUCACCUACAGACCAGUGGGCAAGUUGAGGUUACUAAUAGGGGUUUCAAACGCAUCUUAGAGAGAACUGUGGGUGUAAGUCGAAAGGAUUGGGCUUCGAAACUGGAUAAUGCAUUAUGGGCAUUUAGAACUGCAUAUAGGACCUCCAUAGGUAAGGAAAGACAGUGGCAACUGAGUGAAUUGGAUGAAUGGCGUCAACAGGCGUAUAAAAACUCCUCAAUUUACAAGGCUAAGACAAAGAAGUGGCAUGAUCAGAGGCUCAAAGAUCCCAAGGAGUUUCAGAGUAGAGAUAGAGUAUUGCAAUAUAACUCACGUCUUCGGUUGUUUCCAGGGAAGCUCAAGAGUCGAUGGUCGGGGCCAUUUGUGGUUAAGGAAGUUUUUGCAUAUGGCGCAAUCAAGCUUCAUCAUCCCGAGAAGGGUGAUUUCAAGGUCAAUGGACAUAGGCUCAAGGUGUAUCACGGAAACUCAUUGGAGAUUGAGCAGCAGGUUAACAUGAUUCUGUACCUGCAAUGA